CCGCCCUGUCAAGGCGGAAGCUGCGGGUUCGAGCCCCGUCAGUCCCGACGGAUCCAAUAUAAAUCUCUCCCUUUUUAUGAAGGGGACGGGGGGCAGAAUUUCAUUGUCAAAGCAAAGGGGAAAUCCUUAUUUCUUUUUUCUUUCCUUUGGGUAAUAUGCGGUUGGAUUAGUACAAUUAUUGGUAGCAUUAUAGUCAGUAUUCCAAGAAAUGCUGGCUUUUUUGAUUGACCCCGAUGCAUGUAAUGGAAUCGGGUACUAUACCUUUUUGAGGCGCGCAUACACAAAGGGAAUUCUUUUCUUGUCCAAUACAAAAUUGAAUAUAAGAAAAUACUUUCCAGAAAAAACAAAAAAAAAAACAAUUUAUUUUUCUGGAUACGGAUUUAUGGAACCUCACUUACUAGUUUGAAGUUGAAAAAUAGAUUUCAUGCAAAUUGCACACUGAGCUUUUGGUAUAGGUGUCCCGGGGCUAAUAAUCUACGAAGAAAGGAGGGGGGAAGGACAGAUCAACCAAAGAUCCUACUCCUCUUAGAAAGGGGAAUGAAUCAUUUUUCCGAUUUUUCAUUUUGUUUUAAGGCCCCAUCGACGAAAGAACAAAUUGAAAAAUAGUAAAUUUGAUGAAUAUUCAUUUUAUACGGUCGCAUCUUUAUCACACUUCUUUGUCUUCCAAGUCAAAAAUAGUUUCGUUCUAAACUCCUUUCUUUUUCCAUUUAGCUUUUAUUGUUUGUUUGGGUUUGUAACUAUGUGACCACUGGAAGUGGAAGAGCUGUUUGAUGAGACUUCAUCAGAUGAUUGUACAAGAAGGAACUAGAUAGAUUAGAGAGAAAAAAAGAACAGAUGAUAAAAAAUGAUAAAUAAAGGAAUUUUGGUUGGAUUGGGUCAGGAAUCCAAGUUUGGGGCGGUAUGGAUAAAAGAACUUCCUAUGUUAUACUAUUCAAUUCUCGACGACGAAUUGAUUUGAUAGUUCAGAUAUUGUUAUUCAUGAUAUUGAUCCGAUUCAAGAUCAUCGAGAGGUAAUAUUCAUUCAUUGAAUUUACAGGCCAAAGAUUUAUCAUCUCUAUGGGAUUAAAUCCCGAGUUAUUGCGAAGUAAAAAACCGAUGAGAUUAUGGAAGUAAAUAUUCUUGCAUUUAUUGCUACUGCACUAUUUAUUCUAGUUCCUACCGCUUUUCUACUUAUCAUUUACGUAAAAACAGUCAGUCAAAACGAUUAAUUAUUAACUAAUUUGAAUGAAACUUGACUUCUGAGUUCUUAGCCAAAAUUGCCGAAAUAAAAUGAAAAAGAUUCCAAUUUCAUGUCUUAAAUGAAAUGAGUGGACUAGAAUCGGCAGUAUUCUAAUAGAUAGAUAGUAUGGUAGAAAGAUUCAUCUAUUUCUUUCUACCAUACUAUUUAUUAGUUAGAUUGUAGCUGCUCCCUGGACUAAAAUAAAGAUAGAGGCUGCAUUUGAUAUGGAUCUAUAGAUCAAUCCACAAUAUUAUCUUGAUAUAUGUGAAUAUCAAUUCCAUAUAUGGGAGUGACAUAGCAUCCAAUUCCAUUUAUUUGCUAUAUCUAUUUGUUCUGAUCAAUCUGAAUUACUCUUAUGUCUUAUAGUUUGAAUUACUAUAUUUUUUAUUUCCAAUAUGAAUCUCGGUAUCUAUUGAAAGAAUCAAAUCAAUGAAGGAAAAGCGAUAGAUAUAGGCAUAUUCAAAAAAUCACGUAGUAAUCUUUUUUUUUAACAUUCCCAAUAAGUAAUUGAGUAAACCAUUGACAGUAGUUCCACGGGCAUCGAAAAGGAAGAGUAAACCUCACUGAUUUUUAACGCCUGAACCAUGAUAUGAAAUAAGUCGAUAAAGUAUAAAUCCAAUUUUAAAAAUUCGAAAGCGGUAAAUGCGCAAUAUGUGACCCACCUGACAACCUUAUUCUGCAUAGUAUCUCGUUAGACAACCAUUAUGUUUAUAUCCCUUCUUUCUCAUACAAAGUGCGUAUACACUUAACAAAAAACUUCUUCUUUGAACAGUAAAGAAAGAAACAAAUAAAAAAAGGGUCCGGCCCUCCUCAGUAUCACCUAGUAAGAGGCCGUUGAUUGGACUAGAAAAUUUAGGAAGAAUUAGGUUAAAAUAAAUUUCCUGGGAUCCUCUUCCUUUCGAACUACAAACAUGGGAAUCGUUGAAAUAGCUCUUUGAUUGAAGGAGGAUGAUUCCUAUAAUACAUUACUCCAGUCGAGUCCAAUGGAAUUUCAAAAUGAAGAUAUUUUUAUUUUGUUCCAAACGUGUUGCAGAACGAUCUAGAAAGCAAUUGAUAUUGAUACAGUUUGCUUCCUUAACUCAAUUAGUAGGACCCCUAGAGUCCACUCCUUCCCCACACUACGAGUGAAAGGGAAAAAGUAAAGACUACCAUUAAAGCAGCCCAAGCAAGACUUACUAUAUCCAUAUGAAUUAUGUCCCCUAUCUCUAUAAAUAUAAAGGAAUUGUUCCAUUAUUCCUCACUAAUAAUAGUGGAAUCAAUGGCGCAGAGUCAAAAAGAACGAAGACUAUUAAUAAACCAAUCCGAUAAAUUCGCUCAUUUUAUAAGAAAUUCCUAUAUGAUUUCUAAUCGGGAAAGAUUAAACACAAGCAAAAUCCGCAGUAAGGAAUGUUACUAAUGGAACAUGUAGGAAUAAUAGGUCCUAUUCUUUUUUUGUUGACCCUCAUUUCAAUUGAUUGGAUGCUUGAGCACUCAGAGAUUUUCGUGAGUUCCUCGUAUAUAAUAAAGUAUCUUCCGCCCCCUUCCACAACUAUUUAUAUUUCCUAUCGGGCUCUCCAAUCUAACCGAAGGUCCAGUCAUUAUACAAUGGAUUAAUAAUAUAAAAUUUUUAUUUGUAGUAGAAGGUAAUUGCGAAGUCUUGAUAGCCCCUCUAGCAUUCGAAUAUUUCCUUGAAGCCUAGCCUAAGCCUAAAUAUGCAAUGAUAUGCAAUGCAAGGAUAUUUAAAAUUUUUUAGAAAAACCCCCAGACCAGAUGUUUAGAAUCAAACAAGUAUCAACAGUCUGCCUUCUCUGCUUCUGCUGGGGAAUCGUUCGGCGGGUUAUAUCAACAGAAGAAAAGAAGAUAUUUCUAGUUUUUUGUUGAUCAGGCGACACCCGGAUUUGAACUGGGGAAAAAAGGAUUUGCAGUCCUCUGCCUUACCACUCGGCCAUGUCGCCAAAAUGCUACAAAUACAAAAUAGAUGAAAACUUUCCCGGAUUACUGAACUGCUUUUUUAUCGUACUUGCACCUUGAGUUCUGUUUUCCUUAAUUUUUCCUAAAAGUCAAAGAAAUCCUAAUCCUUCUUCCCUUUUGAUUGGGUUUGAUUCAUCCUUUCAAUUUCGAUUGAGUCUAUCUCAAAAUUCAUAAUGUUCAAAACUUUCUCUUACCUUUCUAUUGAAAUCUAUUGAAAAAUCAAAUGUGGAUUUUCAGUCGCAAAAUCAAAAAUUCAACUUUAUGAAAAUAGGAACCAUUAACUAUUGACUUAGAAUGCAUGAACAAUUCUUGGAUUUGAAUCUCCAAUUUUUGUUUUCCUAAUGACAUAAGAAAAUACAACUUGAUAUAUAACUAAUCAGUAUGGAUUUUUUCAAUCAAAAAAUCCUUCUCAAUUAUAAAUUAUAAUUAUUAAUAAUAAUUAUAACAACAAUUAUGAGUAUAUGUAAACCCCCCAAGAGAAAUUGUUAGACGGAUAUAUAUUAUUUAUAUAUGUUUCCGAUAUAGAAUUAUCAGAUAUAAGAAAAGUAUCAUACUUCAAUUUGAAUUUUGAAUUGAAUAGAAAAUUUAAAUUCUGUUUUCGUAGAGCACAACCUGUGUUGCCCCGAAUAGAACAUAGAACGACAAUAAAACAAGAAAAGAGAAGAAAGACGGAUAUUAUAGAUAUCUCCACACGUGUUUAAGCCAUACAAACCUUCUUUUCUUAUACACUUCACAAUCGUAUUCUACUCAAAAAUCCGUAAACAAAAUCUCUCUCUUCUCUGCGAAUCAUUUUUUGAACAACGAAAUCCAUAACAUAAAAGGGGGUUAAAUGCUAAAAAACCGAUUCUAAUUCUAUAUAUUCUCUUUCUGAUUUUUAUGCCUUUAUCUCAGCGAAAAGAUCAAAUGUCCAAUCCAUUUAUUUUUCUGGUAUUCAAGCAGGUUGGAAUAUGUAUUAUCAUAAUAAUGGUAGAAAUGGAAUCAUUUUUGUUUUUAUAUUCUAUACAAAAUCCUAUAAACUUAAUUAAUAAGUCUAAGUAGCAGAAGUCCGUUUCUAGGGAUGUUUUAUCAAUUUCUUUCCAUUUGUAUCUGUUGAAAAUUCCAAUAAAUUCCAAUUCAAUUUAAGUAGAAAAUUAUCUUUCUUCCUCCGUUCAUACGUAUUUCAUACAUUCCAGAUAUGGAGUUGGGUAAAAUUUCAUGUGAUUCGGUAAACAAAAUUGAAAUGCCACCAUUGCUAGAUCAUUUAUCUAAUCUAUCUAAUUAGAUGAAGAAUGAGCCAAUAGUGGUAUUUUUUGAUAAAUGGGAAAUUAAAAAUGCUCUGGGAUGGAAAUGAGGGAAUAUCUACAAUACCUGGAUUUAAUCAGAUACAAUUUGAAGGAUUUUGUAGGUUCAUUGAUCAAGGUUUGACGGAAGAACUUUAUAAGUUUCCAAAAAUUGAAGAUACAGAUCAAGAAAUUGAAUUUCAAUUAUUUGUGGAAACAUAUCAAUUGGUCGAACCCUUGAUAAAGGAAAGAGAUGCUGUGUAUGAAUCACUCACAUAUUCUUCUGAAUUAUAUGUAUCCGCGGGAUUAAUUUGGAAAAACAGUAGGGAUAUGCAAGAACAAACAAUUUUUAUCGGAAACAUUCCUCUAAUGAAUUCCCUGGGAACUUCUAUAGUCAAUGGAAUAUAUAGAAUUGUGAUCAAUCAAAUAUUGCAAAGUCCCGGUAUUUAUUACCGAUCAGAAUUGGACCAUAACGGAAUUUCGGUCUAUACCGGCACCAUAAUAUCAGAUUGGGGAGGAAGAUUAGAAUUAGAAAUUGAUAGAAAAGCAAGGAUAUGGGCUCGUGUAAGUAGGAAACAAAAAAUAUCUAUUCUAGUUCUAUCAUCAGCUAUGGGUUUGAAUCUAAGAGAAAUUCUAGAGAAUGUUUGCUAUCCUGAAAUUUUUUUGUCUUUUCUGAGUAAUAAGGAGAGAAAAAAAAUUGGGUCAAAAGAAAAUGCCAUUUUGGAGUUUUAUCAACAAUUUGCUUGUGUAGGUGGCGAUCCGGUAUUUUCUGAAUCCUUAUGUGAGGAAUUACAAAAGAAAUUCUUUCAACAAAGAUGUGAAUUAGGAAGGAUUGGUCGACGAAAUAUGAACCGAAGACUGAACCUUGAUAUACCCCAGAACAAUACAUUUUUGUUACCACGAGAUAUAUUGGCAGCCGCCGAUCAUUUGAUUGGGCUGAAAUUUGGAAUGGGUGCACUUGACGAUAUGAAUCAUUUGAAAAAUAAACGUAUUCAUUCUGUAGCAGAUCUUUUACAAGAUCAAUUCGGAUUGGCUCUGGUUCGUUUAGAAAAUGUGGUUCGGGGGACUAUAUGUGGAGCAAUUCGGCAUAAAUUGAUACCGACACCUCAGAAUUUGGUAACCUCAACUCCAUUAACAACUACUUAUGAAUCCUUUUUCGGUUUACACCCAUUAUCUCAAGUUUUGGAUCGAACUAAUCCAUUAACACAAAUAGUUCAUGGGAGAAAAUUAAGUUAUUUGGGCCCUGGAGGACUGACAGGUCGCACUGCUAGUUUUCGGAUACGAGAUAUCCAUCCUAGUCACUAUGGACGUAUUUGCCCAAUUGACACAUCUGAAGGAAUCAAUGUUGGACUUAUUGGAUCCUUAGCAAUUCAUGCGAGGAUUGGUCAUUAGGGAUCUCUAGAAAGC